UAGCGAUUGUGGAAGUUACGAAAUUACAAUUUUUUGUCAAAUACUCUCAUAACGUUGAUUGCGGCAUAAACAGACGUUUCUUCAACGAAAUUGUUUAAAUUAUGAGUUAAGUGUUAAUUAAAACAUCCCGUAAUUUGGAAGACUUGUCUGUAUUUCGCAUUACGUUACUUUUGGCGGCAUCUCACUAAGCCACAGAAAUAGAUUUCCUUGUGCAACAAUCUCUGGACUGAUUUGAAUUUGGACCGGUUUGUGAAAUGGGUCAGGGCCCUUAGCGUAUUUUUGCAUGUGAAAAUGUUGGAAGCUGUGCUGUGAUAAAGAGGGUUUCUUGAAAGCAUGGAGAACCCAACGGUUUCGGAAUUGCGGUCAAGGUCGCGUUCAAAGACUCCCUUUUUAAGGUCUAGCUGCGACCGGGAGAACUGUACUGAAGGCGAGGAACACACGCACCACAAGUCUGGAAGAAAAACUCCUAUUAAAAGGAGCACCCCUGUAAAGCAGCUAAAUUCAACAAACCGAGUGACUUCUUCCGAGCCUAUAAUAGAGAUAGAAGAUGACGAGGAGCCGCUGGCGCACCGCACACGGCGGUCCACCAGGAUCGAGAAGGUGAAGUCUUCGGAGACGUCUGAAGAUAAAUCUGAGAAGGGACACAUUACCAAGGAGAUCUUUCAGAACGAGAUCAACAGCCGGUAUGAGCGCGUGGCGACCACAUCGCGGUCCUACUCCAGCUUCGGUGACGUCACACUCAGCCCCAUAAACACGGCGUACAAUGUGACACUCGACAGGUCAACCCGUUUCGGCAGCCCAGCGUACAGCGCAUGUUCGACGGACAGUUCGUUCGCUGAGCAAGCGCUCGCGGACACCAGCGUGCUGCUCGACCGGGACCCGAACGCUGAGCAUCUGCCGUACAGGCUGUACAAGAUGGCGGGCGAGUACUGGAACAAAUACCCGAAAACGGACUACACAUACUCGCCGCUGUCGAAAGACCGGGUGGAGCUCGCGCCGGGGCAAGUCGCGGUGCCGAACAUGUCCCGCCGGUCGCUCUCCCAGUUCCGGGUGCAGGGGCCCAACACCAGCCCGGACGAGGUGGACCGCAUCGCCACUGCGACCUGGCAAAGCAGCGCUCUGAGGAAACGAUUCACCACCGUGGAGAGUUCAGACGACGAAGGCACCUACCUCCGCGGCAACGGCGGCUUCCACCAGCAGGACCAGCGGUGGUUCCUCACGAGGUUCCUCAUGGCCAUCGUGACCACCAUAACUUCUACCACCAGCUCAGCGUACAGGAAACUAGUGGGACCUUCGCAUCGGUAUCCGUACACUGACAGGAGACCGGCACAGGCCGGUAUCGUGUCGAGGUCCGCGUCAGUAGUAACCGCUCCGUUCUACUGGCUGUACUCCAUCAUCAGAACUGUCAUCACCACCACCGUCACCACAGUUACCGAAACGAUAACAUCAAACCACGUGAGUGAGAGUGAGAAAUACGCGCGCAGUACACAAAGCAAAGUUGUGAAUCAUCGCCGCCGGUGGUGGCCGUGGAUGCUGCUUCUACUCCUGCCAGCCUUCGGAUAUGGAUGUUACAGAUAUGCUGAUGAAAUUCUACCUCAAACACCAGUAGUAGUAGACACUUAUAAACCACCUCAAAUAGUCCAAGAUCCGGAUUUGACAAAACGAAUGGCGGCUCUAGAAGACUGGGCAAUAAAUGUUGAUUCUAAACUCAAAUCGUUUGACCAGAAGUUGUCUAAGUUCGACAAUCUCGAAGCGCAAAUAGAGCAGUAUUCGCUGAAGCAUUUACAGCAGAAUCUGAUACAAGUGUUCAAUUUGAACGAUAAUAGUGAAGCGAUCGCUGCAAAGUUGAAGGCGCACUUUGACAAGCAGUAUUUGACUAAAGACCAGAUGCAAACGAUGAGUCAAGAGAUUCACGAGAGGUUGAUUAGUUCUUGGAAGCCUGAAAUGGAUGAAGACAAGAUAAGGAUGAUGAUUCAAGAGUAUUUGAGUGUGUUCGAGCGGAGGCAGUUGGAGUUGAUAACGCAGAGGGUGAAGGAGUACGUGAGGGAGGUUGAGAUUCAUCACCAUGGCACUGGGUUCGAUGUGGAAGCAGUGAAGAGGAUAGUGGCUGGCAUGCUGGAGGUGUAUGAUGCUGAUAAGACUGGACUGGUGGAUUAUGCGCUGGAGUCUGCGGGAGGCCAAGUGGUAUCGACGAAAUGCACGGAGCUGUACCAGAUCAAGACGAAGCAGUACUCGAUCCUGGGCCUGCCCGUGUGGUGGGUGUACACGUCGCCGCGGUUCGCGCUCACGCCGGGCGCCAUGCCGGCCGAGUGCUGGGCCUUCCAGGGCUUCCCGGGCUACCUGGUGGUCCGCACAUACGCCAUUAUAGAAGUGACCGGUUUCUCACUGGAACACAUGUCGAGGCUUCUGGCCGUCGACGGGAAAAUCGAGUCUGCGCCGAAGAACUUCUCCGUAUACGGUCUUCACGGUGAAAUGGAUCCCGAGCCACAUUUAUUUGGCGAUUACAUUUACGAUGCCAACGGGACGUCCAUACAGUACUUCCCAGUUAAAUACCCAAAGACAACCAACAUCGGCGGAGUCGAUUAUCCCGUCGCGUACGAUAUUAUCGAGUUGAGAGUCGAAAGCAAUCACGGCAACCCUACGUACACGUGUGUUUAUAGGUUCAGAGUACAUGGCAACCCCCUCUCAGAUAUACGGAAAGCCACGGAGGACAGCAUAAAAGACAGCGAAUCGUAGCGGUUUUGAAAAUGGAACUAUUUAUUUUAACUGUCAGAACAGUGAGCCAAGAAAGUUUUGAGAAUCAUGUGUUUUAAAAAAUAACAUUUGUUUUUUAAACUGUGUUUGGAACAAUGACCAAUAUUAUUGAAUUUUGUGAAUCAUGUGUGAUGUGAAACUGUAUACCUCGAUGACUGAAUUGUGUUCAGUUAAAGUUUGUGUCCAUUCCUAGAAUAGGUCUUAACAUUACGUGGCCUUAACUUAUUAUGGUUUUAGUGUACUAACGUAUAGUUUUAAUGUCAAAGUACAAAAUGUUUGUUAACAACAUAGUGACUUACUUAUUGUGCUUAAAACUUUCGACAUAGAAAUCUCAUACAGCGCACAACGCCCAUUGAAUACGCUUAGUUCUCAUUUUUAUCGAUAAUUAUGUUUAGGUUUUUAAAUCUGUAUUGAAAUUAAGAUUUCGAUUGUUAGUUUUAGAAAUUUUAAAUAUAGUUACGCAUGGAUCGUCAUAUCACAUAAGGUUAAAUAGCAAAGCAUUAGGCACCUUUAAUCCAAAUCAAGUGGGAAUAUAUAUAGAAAUUUACAUCCUUUUCUCAGUUCGUAAUGUAAAACGCUUUACGCGCCAACCGCCGUGGUUUAUGGGAUCAAAGCAAAAUGUCAAAUUUCGAAAAAAAAUUAUAUCGAAUAUUGUAAUAAAAUAUAAAAUAAUAUUAUAUAGACGUCUAAUACUCUGUGAAUAAUGAUUUAAAUUUAACAAUAUUUUAUGAAUUAAAUUUGCCCUUAUUUAUGAGUAUAAUGUCGUUCGUCCGAGUUCCUAAAAAAAUUACUCAGAUCCAUGCGUUAGUUUAUUUUAUAAUAACAUAAGAUAAAGCGGGAACUAGUCCAGUUAGAAAUAAAUAAAUUUUAUGCCAAUAUA